UUUCCAAAAUUUCCCUCUUCUCUUCCUUAGCACUACAACUCCUUUUGUUUUCUUCAAACCCUUACAAUCUUCUACAUCAAUAUAUAUUCGUAAAAAGCAGAAGAAAAAGAAAACAUAUGGGAAGAACACCAUGUUGUGAUAAAAAUGGACUGAAGAAAGGUCCAUGGACUCCAGAGGAAGAUCAAAAACUCAUUGAGUAUAUUCAAGUUCAUGGCCCUGGAAACUGGAGAAAUCUCCCCAAGAAUGCUGGACUACAAAGGUGUGGCAAGAGUUGUCGUCUUCGAUGGACUAAUUAUUUGAGACCUGAUAUUAGGAGAGGAAGAUUCUCCUUUGAAGAAGAAGAAACUAUUAUCCAACUUCACAGUGUUUUUGGCAACAAGUGGUCAGCAAUAGCGGCUCGUUUGCCAGGAAGAACAGAUAAUGAAAUCAAAAAUUACUGGAAUACACACAUUAGAAAAAGGCUUUUGAGAAUGGGCAUUGAUCCAGUAACACACAGACCUCGUCUUGAUUUCUUAGAUUUAUCAUCACUUCUCAACUCAACUCAGCUUAAUUUUUCCAGCUUACUUGGAUUACAAGCACUCGUAAACCCUGAAAUAUUAAAACUUGCAAAUUCCCUUUUAGUAUCCCAAACUGAAAAUCCAGAAUUGUUAUUACAAAAAAUUCAAGAAAACCAGUUAUUGAAUGGACAACUUCAAAACUCUCAAGGGCCAAAUAUUCUAAAUAAUCAGACCUCUAUCUUCCAAUAUAAUAAUCAACUCCACAACCAAGUUCCUGAAAUUCCAAAUUGCACCCCAAAUGUUUCAUGUUCUUCUUCUCAUCAGUCCAUGAAUGGCCCAAUAUUCCAAGAAAAUAUGAUGCUACCUCUACAAUACUAUAGUAAUUAUUCUGCGUCUGAUGCAUCUGAAAAUUCAACGUUUCGGUCCCUAAACAGCAGCAGCAAUCCGAAUAGUCAGAAUUUUAGCUUUGAUACACCUUUGUCGUCGGGCAUUGAAGAAGAGAAAGAGAGUUAUUGCAGUAAUUUCAUGAGGUUUGAAAUUCCAGAGAGUUUAGAUUUUGAUGAUUUACUGUAAAAAAAAAAACAGCGUCCAAAAACUUUGUAUCUUUUUUUUCUUUUUGCUGUUUUGUUUCCACAUUAAGUUGGAUGAGCCAUAGUUGUGUUUUUUGGCUCAAAAUCGGAAGUUUGUAUAUUAAUAGGUGGAAAUUUUUCUUUUUUCCAAUUAUGAAUUCGUACCUGCUUUUUGUCAUAUAAUUUACUACUCCUUUAGUUUAAAAAAGAUUUUCUUUGA